AUGUUGCGGAUAUCGUUGCGAUCUGUCAGGGCCGUAGGCAGUAGGCCUGUUGCUGCUGCUAUCGGCCAUCAAUGGCAGCCCGCGAUCGCACGAUCGGCUGGUGCAGCUGGGAGGAGAUACUAUGCCGAUAAUAAGAAACCCUCAAUAAACGAUCCUACACCUGCGAAACUGCCUACUUCUGAGACCACCACUGCGGCGUCGAGCGACCCCCCCGCGCUGAAAACUGAAUCUAGGAUUGCUUCUUCAACAAUCGACUCUAAGGAAAUUCCCCAGACGCCCCCUCCACCUCCGCCUGUAUCAGAAUCUUUGAUAGAAAAAGCCAGCCCUAAACCUACCCCGCCCCCGCCGGCGCCCGUGAGAAAGAAGAAGGGAUUCUUCCGUCGAUUGUAUAAUUAUGUCGUGACUUUAAUACUCCUAGGAGCCAUAACCUUCGGUGGUGGAGUAUGGUAUUCACGCAUAAGCGACAACUUCCACGACUUUUUCACCGAAUAUAUACCAUUUGGUGAACAAGCCGUGCUUUACUUUGAAGAGCUCGACUAUAAGAAGAGAUAUCCCGGAGGUCUGACAAUUGGUGGCCGGGGUAAAGAUACCGGGGCUCAAGUUAAAAUAUCGCCGCAAAGUGGCGCAUCUUGGAGAGUUGCAGACGCCGGCGAACCGGCAGGCAGACAGUCAAGUGCCAUGCGGGAUAUUACUGCUAGUAAAAAUGCUGCCGCUUCAAACCCUGAGAAGAAAAAUGCCCCUGCCGAAGCGAAGCCUGCGGCAAAACCCGCCGAGCCAAAGGCUGCAGUUCCGGAGCCUACUCCAUCUGUGGCUUCUAAGGUCGUAGAGAAAGCUGAAGCGCCGAAGAAGGAAACCGUCGGCUUCGUAGCCCCCGAAGUCGACGAGCCUUCUCGAUUCCCCCCUCCUGCUCCCAUUGACCCUCUAAAGGUCAAUGACGCCGACGAGCCUGUAGUCCAGGACCUAGUCAAGAUGCUUAACGAUAUCAUCACUGUCGUUAACGCUGAUAAUGCCGAUGACCGCUUUGCGUCCACUAUCGGAAAGGCUAAGAACGAGCUCAACAAGGUGGGCUCCAAGAUCCGUGAGCUAAAGGCCCAGGUUGAAAAAGAUGCUGCCUCGCAAGUGGCGAGUAAAGUUAAGGACUUCGAGGGUGCAGCCAUCGAGUUGGUUAGCCGUGUUGAGAAGGUUAUGAAUGCACAAGAGAAACAGUGGAGGGCAGAGUUUGAGGAAGAGAUGCAACGCAUCCAGGCUGCAUAUGACUCAAGAAUCAAGACAGAAAUAGAGCGGGAAAAGCAGAUCAAUGACGCGAAGCUUAACAACAUGCUGCUCGAGCAGGCUGUCGAUCUAAAACGCCAGUUCUUGCGGGAAGUCAAAAGCCGUGUCGAGGAAGAGCGAAAUAGCAGACUCGGCAAGCUAGAACAAUUAAAUAACGCUGUCAGGGAACUGGAGCAGCUCACGACUGGAUGGAACGAUGUUGUCGACACGAACCUCAAGACCCAGCAGCUGCAUGUCGCUGUCGAGGCUGUGCGCGCCAGUCUCAGUGACACUGAGCACCCACGACCUUUCGUUCGGGAGCUAGUCGCCCUGAAGGAGAUCGCUACGGAUGACUCAGUGGUCAACGCAGCCAUCGGUUCGAUCAACCCGUCAGCGUAUCAACGUGGCAUUGCUACACCUUCUCAACUGAUCGACCGCUUCCGUCGCGUUGCGCUUGAGGUGAGGAAGGCUAGUUUACUACCGGAUGAUGCAGGCGUAGCUUCUCAUGCAUCAAGCUGGGUAUUGAGCAAGGUCCUCUUCAAGAAGCAAGGCUUAGCAGCUGGUGACGAUGUUGAGAGUAUUCUCACCCGAACUCAGACGCUUCUUGAGGAGGGCGACCUGGAUGCCGCAGCACGCGAGAUGAACGGUCUACAAGGGUGGGCCAAGACGUUGAGCCGAGACUGGUUAGCGGAAGUUAGGAAGGUGCUCGAGGUGCAACAGGCAUUAGAGGUUAUUUCUACCGAAGCUUGGUUACAGAGCUUGAGAGUAGAGUAA